CAAAAUAUAGGUGAUGUUUCUCAUUUGAUUUGUGAAAGUGCAUUGAAGAUGUGACUCAAUUUCAAUUAAAUUUAUAAUAUUGCUAUUGUAUCGAGAUUUUUAUUCAAUUUCUGCGUUUUUCUCAACCAUGGGGAUUGAAGAUACAAAUGUGAUAAGCAAGAAAAGUCGACGGAAAAUAAACAAAAAGGAAAACAAAUAUAAGCAUUUGAUUUCUCAGGUACCAGGCACUGAAUAUUCUCCUGAACCUACUAAGUUUCUGAUGCUUUGCAAUACGGGCCUAGUCAGCGGGUUUGAUGAGGCACAAGCAGUCCAAAUAUUCUCUGAAUAUGGACGACUGGAAUCUGUAUCAAUGUUACCCGGCAAGUCUUUUUGCUUUGUCACUUUCACCGACAUUCAUGAUGCAAGAAAUGCCUUCGAAAAUGUGAACGGCAAAGUAAAACUCCAAAAAAUGCUUGGGCCCAUCUACAUGAUAUAUACUACUUCAGCACCCAGCUCGGAAACGGAGCGUUCAGCUAAAAGACCAAAUGGUCUUCAUGUUUUGGAAAAUUUCAUCACAGAAGAAGAGGAAAGAAACCUUGUGAACUGUAUCAACUUUAGUGAAACAACUGAGUCAGGAAAUCCAACACUGUUGAAAAAUCGACGAGUGAAGCAUUACGGCUACGAAUUCCAGUACUCCAAUAACAAUGUGAAUAGAAACGAAAAACUACCCGACGAUUUGCCCAUUGAAUGCAAUAUUCUGCAAGAAAAACUGAGAAGGCAUGGCUGGGAAAAUCCAAAAUGGCCGCCUCAUCAGUUGACCGUGAACGAGUAUCAGCCUGGACAAGGUAUUCCACCGCACGUAGACACACACAGCGCCUUUGAAAGUCCAAUAAUGUCUCUGUCACUAUUGUCAGAUAUUGUGAUGGAAUUCAAGCACGCCGAUGGAUCUCACUACCCCCUCCAUCUACCUCGUAGAUCAAUGCUAAUAAUGGAUGGGGAAGCUAGGUAUGGCUGGACACACGCGAUUCGGCCCAGGAAACUGGACGUGAUCUAUGCGACUGGACCCAAGGUCAUAGAGCGGGGACUGAGGAUAUCGUUUACGUUCCGUUGGCUGCGAGAGGAGGCCGUCUGUCGAUGCAGCUACAGAGACUUGUGCGAUUCGCAGACUGCUGAAUCGGCGAAAAAUUUUGACUCUGAUGCGGCGCGACUAGAAUACCAACAUGUACAUCAGGUAUACAACAAAAUAUCGUCGCAUUUCAGCCAGACUAGAUACAGGGCGUGGCCGAAUGUUGCAGAGUUUGUUACGUCACUGCCUCUUGGAUCUGUGCUGUUCGAUGUUGGGUGCGGCAAUGGAAAGUAUUUCGGACUCAAUCAUAACAUCUUCGAGUUAGGCAGCGACAGAAGUGACGGUCUACUUGCCGAGUGUCGACAGCGCGGCGGCUUCGAAUCUGUCCAGUGUGACUGCCUGCGCUUGCCGCUACUUGACCGGUGUGUGGACGGCCUUAUCUGCAUCGCAGUCAUUCACCAUCUGGCGACACGCGACCGACGUGUGGAGGCCGUACGAGAGAUGGCGCGUGUGUUGAGGGUGGGGGGAAGGGGUCUGGUGUAUGUGUGGGCCAAAGAUCAGCAGAGGGGGAAUGUGCAGAGCAAGUAUUUGAGGGGGGAGGGGGUAAAGGAGGGUGAGGAGGUGAAGAGAGAGGUUGGGAAGGAGGAGGAGGUUGGGGAAGUUAUGGUUAAGAGGAAGAAGGAAAAUGUAGUGAAAGAGGAGGAUGAAGAGGAGAAGAAUGGAGGGAUUGCUGGGGGAGUGAUGGUGGAGGUUGGGAAGGUUGAGGUGGAGGAGGAGGAGGAGAAUGAAAAUGUUGUUAAGGGAAUGAAGCAGGGGAAGAAGGAAUAUUUGUUGAAGGAGAAAAGGAAGAAGGAAAAAGUGAUGAUGAAGAAGGAGAAGCAGGAGGAGAUUGGCAAGUUUGAGGUGGAGGAGGAGAAAAAUAGAGAGUUAGUUGGGAAAGUGAAGGAGAGAAGGAUGGAGGAGGGCAAGAAGGAUGAGGAGGUGGUUGGGAAGGUGGAGGGGGAUGAAAGAAUGAGGAGAUUAUUGGCGGAGUGAAGAGGGAGAGGAAGAAGGACAUUGAGAAGAAGAGAAAUAAAGAGGAGAUGAUGGAGGAUAGGAAGAAGAAAAUCAUAAAGGAGGAGAAGAAGCUGAACAAGAGUGAGGAGAUUGUUGGUGAAGUGAAGGAGGAGAGGAAGAAAGAAAAUGUGAGUGUGGAUGGUGGAUCUUCAAAACAUUGUCAUACUGUGCAAAACAAGUGUGCUGAAGAAAAUUUGAAAAAAGCUAAUAGUAAAUCUUGUGAAAACGACAAAGUUAGUGAAUUUUCAUUACCUGUACAUAAUAAUAGGACUCAGUUCAAGCAUGAUGAUAUUCUAGUGCCUUGGACUAAUAAAAAGGAGACUUUCUUUAGAUAUUAUCAUGUUUUCAAAGAGGGAGAAUUGGAGGAAUUGUGCUCGUUUGUGCCUGAAAUUAAGGUUGAAAAAGUCUAUUACGACCAAGGAAAUUGGUGCGUUGUUUUUGUAAAGUGUUGAAAAUAUAUAUUUAUUAAGAGA